UUAAAAUUAAAUAAUUAGAAGGAAAAAAGAAAGAGAGAAAAAAAAAGCAAUCCGUAGGGUAGCGUAGAGUGGUGGUGAUGAGUAUCACCAUCAGCAUCAACCGUCCCUGAAAGCCACAGUGAGUCUCUUUCUCUCUCUUCCACUCUCUCUGUUUUCGUACUCUGUAACCCACAAAGAAAACCAACCAAUUCUGAGGAGAGAAGAAGAAGAGAUCAGAUUGAGAUAUGGUGAGGAAAUGUAGAGGAGUUGCAGAGAUUGCAGUCAUGGAGGUCGACCUAAGAACUACUAGACCUCCACCUGACAACAAGAGGAAGAUCACCGCCGGAAUAGACUUUGAAAUCUCCACCACGACAACCUCGUUUCUCAAGCUCCGGAGCCGCCGACGCCGUGUUCUUUUUCCAGAGAAUUCGGUUCCUUCACCGCCGGCGGAAAUAACCUCUAUUAGCCCUACCUCCGAUGACGAUACGUCCGCCUUUUGCUGCUCCAGUAACGCUUGCAACGAGAUUGUUGAGGAGAGCAAGUUCGUAGAUCUGGAGGAUGAGAAUGAUGAACAUGGAGUCGCGUUCAAAUCCAGCCGAGAAAGAGAGACGACUCCGUCUAGCGAAUUCCAAUCACCGCAGUCCGGCGAUAUGGAGUCUCCGGCGAGGAAAAGCGAAGCGACUUCCAGCAAUAGAUCUUCGUCUUCGGUGAAGAUGCCGGCGGAAUCGGAGCUGGAAGAAUUCUUCAUCGCUGCCGAGAAAAACAUACAGAAACGUUUCGCUGAGAAGUAUAAUUACGAUAUUGUUGAGGAUGUUCCGUUGGAAGGACGUUACGAAUGGGUUCGAGUAAAGCCAUAAGAACAAAAACAAUAAAUUAAAUAAUAUUAAUUAGGCUUAAACCUCCAUUUAGUAUUCAAUCGACCUACCUUCUUUGUAAACUUCCCUCUCCUUGAUCUUCUUCUUUUUCCUUCUAAUUUUGUACAGCUGUUAGCAUUCUGAUCUCUAUCAUCAUCUUGUAAAAGUAGAAAAGCCAAAGCUAAUUUGUUCUUCGUACGAUUCUUCACAGAAAAAGAUAUUGUAAUUAAAUUAGGAAGAAAUUGAACAAACAAGAUUCUUAUUUGUGAAGAUGAACCGAUCCAUCCAGCAUCUAAAAUUCCUCAGUUUGCAACACA